UCAUCCACCACAGCCCUUUGUUCCGCGUCUAGCCCUUUUAGGCUCACUCGAAUUACAAAAUGGCCGACCCCCGUGUUGAAGAGCUCCCCGACGAGGAGGUUCCCAAGACCAACGUUGAGGAUGCCGGCAGCUCCUCCGAGUCUGAGGCUGGCGAUGAGCCCACCAUCCCCGGUGGUGCCGCUGUCACCAUCCACUCUCGCAACGAGAAGAAGGCACGCAAGGCCAUUGGCAAGCUCGGCCUGAAGCACGUCCCCGGCAUCACUCGUGUCACUCUCCGUCGUCCCAAGAACAUCCUUUUCGUCAUCAACCAGCCCGAUGUCUACCGCUCCCCCUCCAGCAACACCUGGAUCAUCUUCGGUGAGGCCAAGAUCGAGGACCUGAACGCCACCGCUCAGGCUACCGCUGCCCAGCAGCUUGCUGAGGCUGCUGCCAACGAGCACGCUGGUCACGACCACGAGCACGACCACGGCAAGGGCAAGGCCCCCGAGGCUGAGGCCAAGAAGGAGGAGGAAGAGGAUGAUGGCGAGGAGGUCGAUGAGUCUGGUCUUGAGGCUAAGGACAUCGAACUGGUUAUGGCCCAGGCUAAUGUGUCCCGCAAGAAGGCCGUCAAGGCUCUCCGGGAGAACGACAACGAUAUCGUCAACUCCAUCAUGGCUCUCAGCAUAUAAACACCGCCGGAAAUGAACGCAUGAAUCGGUGGCUGGCGUCUCUUGGCCCUGCUGGCAGGAUGGAUUUUGGGUGCGAG